UCAGCUUGACGGUGCCGGUCGCCUCAGUAUGCCGCGCAGCGCGCAGGCUCGCGUACGCGUAUUGUUUCUCUCUGUUUUCGUCUCCCUCGCUCUCCUUUCUUUCCUUACUUUCCCUCUCUCUCCCUCUUGUUGUCUCGUAUGCACGCAGCGCGGCUAGAAUACGCAAGUACAAAACAUCUCGCGGGUCACUGUUUUUGCGUUUACGUGUCGUCGUUCCGUUAAGGUUUUUUUUCUGUUUCGUUGGUCACGCGCGCGAGGAGAACCCAACGAAAUUCAGGUUCUUCGUAUACAUAUCGUAACACGUUAGACGUGUACAACACGACGAAAUUUCUUCGAAAACCAGUUAUCGACGCGUGUGCGUGCAUAUACGAGGCCAGUAUACGUCGUGACACAGUGACACGGUGCGUAACGUUCGUAGUGAAGGAGAGUGUGGCUCGUAGCGAAAAGCAUCGCGAAAGAGCGGGAAACUCCGAUAUACUCGACGGAUUUUCAAAUCGUUUGACACAUCGGAGAUAGGGACGAAGCAUGGUUGGACAUUGGAGAAGACCCGAAGCGGAUAAGAUGGUCUGGCAAGAUGUAGCGAGUGCUGGAACGGUUACGAAACGCGGUAGAAGGAGACGUGGCACGAAAUGAAGCGAGUUUAUCCUCGUACGAUCGAUAACUAUAGCACCACAGUGAAUAUCAAGCGGUUCGUAUAUCCAGCGUGCACGAACCUAACCUAGCGAACUACCUGUUCUUUCAAGCCUUGUACCUUCGUAAACACGGUCGAAGAAAUUGUCUAAUAAUUUCUGACUCGUCAGAAAGAUGUUGACGUGAAGUUAACAUUUCACACACGAAGACACAGCGUAGAAGUAUCCAGAAUGUCAGAAUGAAAAGCUUCCAGUUAUUCAGGAAGUAAUUUUCCUCGCGCGCCAUCUUGAUCCGUCGAUAAAUAGCGAUGACAGGUGGUGGACGCGAUUGUUGAUCGACGACCGCGCGCGAUUCGAUCGCUCAUGAUCGAACACUCGAUACAUCUUGGUGCGUGCGCGCGUGCAACGAUCGCGAGUAAUCCCCGGAAGAUUUCUUCCACGAGGGACGCCUACUUACGGGAAGACAGAAAAUUACGGCGAGUGAAACAGCGAAGAGAAGAGAGAAUUCGAGGCGCUUUUAUUUUUAGCCAACGCCGGUUCGCGCAUCGCAAAAACCGGUUUUCAAGUCUCUGUUCGAGCUCGGGCCACGAGGUAGUAAGGUGCGUAUAUACGCGAGAAGGGUUUUAGCUGAAAAGGGAGAAAGCGAGAGGGAGAGACACGCGAUAUAAAGGUGGAGUAUGCUUCUUUCUCUGUCGGCGAGUGAAGAAAGAAAGAGUGACACGGAACGUGGAAUUCUCCUAAGCCGAUACAUACCUCUCCCUACUCCUCUUCUUUAUUCUCCCACCUCGAACUAUCGAUUGCGUGUAUGCACGCCUGCACGCGCCUAUCCAUACUCGACGUGUUACGUGACAUCGUAUCGGGAGUGUAUGAUAUUCGAUUAUCGAGUAAGUCGACGACGAAAUGUUCAUCACCGAUGUAAUUAGCCACCAUAUACCUUGGUAUAUGUAUAUGUCACGGGGCAUCGAUAAAUCGUUACAGUUUCCCGAACCGAUUUUAUUAAACAAGUGUAACAAGUCGGUGUGCAUAAAGAAGAGAAUGUGAAUCGAACGAACGCAAGAAUUAAAAAAUAACGAAAGAAGGAAGAAAAGUAAAAGAAGGAAGUGUUUGUAUUGGAUUGUUGCGUGGCACACGAGAUCGGCGAAGACACGAAAACGGCAUGAAGAAUGGCAACCGAUUCGAGCAGCCGUCAAGGUGUAAGGGCGGUCGCCACAACGACAACCGAUCCGCAACGAAGCGAAAAGCGCGCCGUCGCGGCGCGAGGCGCCGCCGGUGCUCUGGCCCUCAGUAUUCUGGCCUUGGUCCUCCAAUCGGCGACCACCGCGACCCCCACAUGGGGAUACUUCACCAAUCCUGACGCUGGUUCGGCAGCCGAGAAAGGAUACUUCGGUCCUUGGAGGCAAUGCAAGCUUCUAUUGUACGGUAGAGAAAGAUGCGGCCAAGGGGUUUCCAGAUUCCAGCCAGUGUUGGCUGUGUGGGUGGCAGGAUUAGCCGCUGCGGCCGCCUCUGCCCUUUUGGCGAUCCUGGUCGGUCUUGCCGUGCUACAACUGGCGAUGGCUUCCUCGGCCAAACGAGUUAUUAUUUCGUACAGCACUGCUCUGAUAGGGAAAGUGGCUCUUGCUACAUUGGCCACUUCCUUGGCAAUAGUAGCAGCGAGUCUGUUUGCCCUACAAACCGAUGACAGAGCUAGCAGCUUCGUUAUCACGAGGGGAGAAGCGUUUUAUAUGCAGUUGGCUGCUAUCGCUUUGAACUUUGGUGUGCUGGUCACCGCAGUAUAUGAAGGUAUUUAUGCUCGACGAGGCGGUGAUCCGACGAAGAUUAGGGUUGUCGGUGAUCCUCGUGCAGCUACCAUAAAUAAUCCUGGCUACCGGGAACAUCAACCCACGAAUGGCGGCAGCAUCUCGAUGACCGACGCUAGUGGCAAGCCCUACGUAGGCGGAGCCGGAAAUGGUUCGAUGGCGUCGGUAGCAACUUCCGGAAGUGUGACAAGUACGGCUUCGCCGCUUCGAAGCUCGUUGAAGAAGCCAAAGCCGCUCGGUAUCCACAAUCCCGGUUUCUCGGCGCACAGUCCGACUCUAUCGAGGAACGGCUCGCAGAAAAAAGUGCGAAUUCAGACGCACUCUACCGAAGUUUAAACAACUUGCGCGAAGACGAAAGCGUCGAUGAUAUUUGUCCUCGUGCGAGUCUACUCGCAGCCGAUUUCGUCGAAGAAGCAUUCCGAUACGAAACAAAAGUUCAGUGACGAGCGAAACAAGGCAACAAAGCUCGACAAAGUUCUUUAUCACGAAAGCGGAGGAGCAGUCCGCUAAUUCUUUCUAGUAUUAACUUUAUUUAGGCACUCGUAAAAAACGUCGCGAUACUUAUCGAUGAAGUCUUCGUUACUUUAUCGGGUCUUUCAGAACUUUCCUACGCGUGAAAAUAAUAUUGUAACCCUCUAUAGCGAAAAUGUUGAUUCGUUUAUGGAAAAGCAAAUAAUUGGAUCAAUUGUUCAAACGAUCUUUCAAUGGAAACAGAGUAGUUAUUCGACUAUAGAUGUUUCUUCAAAUUUACAUCUUUCUCAAGGCAACUGAGAAAACAGAAUUUACAUUUGAUCUAUGCGCUAGAUAUUAUUAUAACAAGUAACUCUACUAUAAUUAUCUUGUACAGUGGUGUUAUGUUCCGUUUAUUCUGUACAUUGAAAUUUCGCGUAGACGAAUAAUAGUGCGCAGUCUACGAUAAUAAUAAGAAUUUAUUAGAAAUUAUACAGCGACGAAAUGUAAAUUAAUAUGUACAUAUGUAAUUUUCAAGCGUGAUAAUAUAGAGGGUUGAUAGAUUUUUCUUUUUACAUAAGGAAGGACAAAUACGAAGCACGAGGUACCUUUGAAACGCGGAUGUCCUCGAUAAUUGUUCGCUCGGUUGGUUUCGUUACUCGAGAACUUCCGACGAUGUGACGCUCUAUCGAGGUGAAUCGAAGAGACUUUCUUGCAAUCUUGGACUAUAAAGUUGCAACUGAAAGACCCAGAUAGUGUUAUCGCGUGAUUGAAGGACGACCGUGAGGACGUAGGAAAUAAACCCUGUUGAAAGUGAUCGAAGGAAUCGCAGAGGGAAAUUGCUUCGACUACAAUCUCUAACGGCGUUGCUACGUCUUCGAGAACAUUGUAACCUUCGGCUCAAGGCGCCAAGCGUAUGACGUCGACCGAUAUUUAUGGUAGACGCGACAAUACUGAUUCAAAGGUGGAGCUUAUGAUCCACCCCCGCAAGGAUUUCGUCGUCGAUUUACUCGAUAAGAAACUUUCAACGAUUCUGUAAGAGUUCCAGUUCUCGUUCGUUUUCUUCUUUCUUCGAGUCGCGCUCGUUAAGACGCGAAAGUCGUAAUUUAUCGAAGAGUAUUUUACUUCUUUUUUUGUAUUUUAUUUCUUUCGAAACUGAUAUUAAAUUGAAAGAUGUGAGGCGUUUAAAGAUGUCCACGUUUCGAGAAAGAAGAUGCUGAUGGAUUCAGUGCGCUCGAUCAGGCGAGGAUCGAGAAAAUCAGCCAGUCGUGUUCGCUGAGAUUACGAUUUAAGUUCCCAGCGGUUCCAACCGCGAACAAGCAGAAAUUAACCCUUUGCGGUCUGGUUGCUUCGUGCAGUAAGCUGUCUCGUGGUCCAGCUUGUUUCAGAAUCGUAUCGAUUACUUGCACGAGCAAAUUUUUCCUAAGUACUGUGCGAAGUAGAUGUUGGAUGAAAAUAUCGCUCUGUUCCUUCUCCGUUUUGAAAAUCUUCGAAACGUUUCAAAUCGAGCGUAUACGAUUCGAGUGACGUUUAAAAAUUCUUAACUAUCUACUUCUUCGUUAAAAUGUCCUUUUUCAGCAUCUUUCGAUUUUUCAAGGUACAUCGAAAUAUUUGAAGUUUGCCGUGUUCUUUAAUUAAAGUUAUUUCGUAUACAGGCUGUUGUAAAAUAACGAGUACAUAGGUGAAAUUGGUUAAAGAAAGGCAAAGACAAGACAAUAAAAAUGGUAAAAUUUCAGUUAUCUCGGAUAUUUCAAAAUGCUAGAUGGGGCAUUUUAAUUAAAAGGAGUAGUUCAAUUAAAACCACUAAUUUUCUUCGCUGAUUUAACCAAAUAAAAAUAUCCAGAUCCACGGACGUCAGUCUAAAUAUCUGUGUAACAUCGAUCCGAAAAUUUCUACUCAGCACCGUUUACAAAAAACAUGACGAGAGUUUAGUAUAAACUUUCAGCUGUCCGAUAAAUAUUCCGGGAUCACGAUAUCAUCCCACAUCGUGUCCAACAGACACGUUUGGGCCGCGAAUGGUUAAUAGAAUUUGAUCGAAUCGAUCGAUAAACCGUAUCAAACAUGUGCAUUUAAUAUUCUACGAGCAACUUGUAAUUGUUUAAUCGAGAUUGGCGCGUCGCUAAAUGACAAGCACAACGUCGAAGCGAAAAUCAAGUGGCUCAACCAUGACCGAUAUCCAGGAUACGUGUGGUAUUUGGCGAAGAGAUUUAAUUAUGCAUUUACAGAUAGAAGUUAAUUAAAUCUGGUAACGAGUCAUUGAUACGAAAUGAAUCGACGAGUAUGAUUUAAAAAACAGAAGAACGAUAAUAAUUUUUGAUACUAUUGUCGUUCGAUUUACGUCACGGUUGGAACAGCAAUAAUGCUAUGGGUAUUACGUUGUAAAGUGAUGGUAAGGAGAGAAUUAAAGCCGAUUGUUAACUAUCGUAUUUUAAGCGUGAAAUAGCCAGAUCGAAACUAAGCCCAGGAUAUGGCGUACAAUUAAAGUAUAGGAUUAAAUUCGCGAAUGAACUGACGUGUUAUUACUGAAACGUACCGAUCGAUCCAUGUUCAAUAGUCCUUUCUAGUUACAUGGCUUUUCCCGGUUGUGUUUCUUUGAGCGUUCUUCAUCUCCGAUUAUUGCAAUUAUGCUCACGUGUGAGAUAUUUAAUUUGGAUUUCUACCAAGUAUUUACCGUAUGGAUAUGGGACGCUUGACGAAAUUAAUUUCAUCAUUCGUAAGUUCGACGUGGCGAGAGCUUUCAACGUGUUCUAAAAUUUGUUUCUUGAACGUUCAAGGUAAUUUUCUAUAUUUUCUAUCGAGCUAGUACUCUGGAAUUACGUCUGUUUUUACGUUUAUUCGCGCGUCUAAAGGAAAUCCCAUACGUACAAUUUUUCCUUUGCGUAUCCGGCAGAAAUAAGGUGCAGGAGCUUCUUGCAUCGAAUAUAAAACGCGAUAAAAUGGCAUUCGAGAUACCUUACGGGCACAUUCUCUUCCUAUUCUUGAAUUUUUACUCGAACAGUUGUAUCUCUCGCAAUCGAGAGAAGCAGCAUGAGGAACGAGAGAGAACCUGUUGUAUUCGCUAGAUUUGGAAAAAAGAGAGGAGGAAAUGGUCAAAUGGCGCGUUCCAGUAACAACACGUUGUCGUCCGUCUUGGAAGUCGCAGGAUACGUGAUAUGUUUUUCUACCUUUUUCUCUCUUUUUCUUUUUCCCUCUCCUUUCUCUCCCUAUGUUUCCCCUUUUUUUCGUUUUUUAAUCUAACACCUUUCUCUUUUCCCUGUACGCUCCUUGUUCGUCGCAUUGUAGUUUCAACUCGGCGUUUCUUCGUUCGAGGAACGAAGUAUAAAUAAAAUACUUAUUGCAUCGCAUCCGUCCAGCCCUACGUAGGCAGCUAGCCGUAAAACGGCAAGAAUUAUAUAUAUAUACAAAUAUAAAUAUAUAAAUAUAUUUAUAUUUUUUAGCGAUUGUUUUAAUAUAUAUAUAUAUAUAAAUAUGCAGAAGAAAUUUAUAGAUAAAUAUAAAUAUAUAUAUAAAUAUAUUGUAUGUUGCGCAGUGUACUCGAUACGUAUGAGAUCUUGUUUCUGCUCGUGUCAUUAGUCUCGAACAGGAGAACACGUUUUACUCGUUAGAAAUUAUUAUUAUUAUUAAUAUUAUUUUUUAUUACCGUUACUGUUGGUAUCGUGACACUGUUUCUCUUUUUGUUUAAAAGAAGUCGUUUUCAUGCUUCUUUCGCCGAUAAUUCUGGAGCUAUUUAUGAUUUGUAUGCGAAGUCGACAGGCGAGUCUUUACUGUAUAUCUUUUUCUUUGUAAUUCGUUUUCUUCUCCUUUUCUUUUUACGUGUAGAACUGUGUGUGGAUAGUUGUUGACGCUUAUUUAUUUAUAUCGAAUGAAGUUCGAUUGAAAUUAAUUUUCCAAUCAUUCCUAUAUGAAUUUUACGAGUUAUUUUUCUGCCCCCCUUUUUUUUUUGUUUGAAAGAUUAUUUUAUUACGCUAUUGGUAAAUUAUGAGUUUAAUCGUUCUACGGUUAAACUGUACAUUUCUCUUAAUAUCUUUCUUCGAGGUAAUUCCUUUUGACGUUAGCAUUUCUGGUAGAGAGUAAUUACGUCGAUAUUAUGUUGAGUGAAAUACUUAACGAUGCACCUACGCUGAUUUUUAUUGUUGAUAUAAUUUGUCGAAACGAAUCACACGAGCCGAGCGUGUUUAUAGGACCUACGCAAGAAUUAUUUCGACAUCCAAGAAUUAAACAAUAAAAAGAAGCUCUGCCUUAUUGAAACCAGAAUUUUUCCAUCUUACAUAUCUUUCAAUGAUAUAUAUAUAUCCUUAAAUAAUUGACGUUAUAGUCGUAAAAAAUUAUUCGUAGAAACAUUUUCUCCUUUAUUCGAAAAUAUUUCAUCACCCGCGUGUUCAAUGUUAAGGUUUCAAAAAAGUGAGAGUCACUAUCGUCUAAUAAAUCGUUGAAAUUGUUAAAAAAUAAAAGCACAAGAGAUGAAUAAAAUUGCGUAAAAGAAGUUAAAGAAUAAAAAUUAAUAAAAAAAACAAUUUCUCUGGAUUUCGAAAAAGCGCUUGUGUGAUUCUAACUAUACCUUUCAAAAACGUAAUAAUAGAACACAGAGUGAGAUCGAAACGCAGUUACGCGCGCGUAACAAACAUAAUUAGAACUAUAAAAAAAUCCGUGUUUUCACUUUUUGCACAUUUUGCUACCCAUUAAAGCGAGAAUGAUCGCCUUAUAUCGCGAAGUUUGUGCGUCUCGAUGAAUUUUCUAACGACCAGUAUGAUGCUGUUUGAAUCGUAUGAGGACUGUAUGCGAGGAAAUCGAUAAUAAAGGAAUUUCUAUGAUUCACGAUUA